AUGAACUUGCCUUUCCCUACUCACAACAAAGAGGCGCUUCCAUUCAAUGAAGACGCUGGACCAGAAAGCCGUUCUCACCCGUCAUCGGAUUCGGUGCGCAUUUAUUUUUCCCUUGGUGAAAUGGCAGCUGCCGUUAGUCCACUUCACAGAUGCUUCUCCUUUCCUGUGACUCGUCCCUUUGUUUCACCAUGCAUUCGCUGCCCCAACUGCAAAGGCUGUCAGUUGCACAUGCAGUUUUGCAGCGGAGCUUACGGCCUGCGGCACACUCUCGCCUGGAUCGUCCGUAGACACCCGCCUGCAGCCGAAGAGCGGCGAACCAUUAAGUUGCGCUCUCAGCCCCCCAGUGCCGGCGGCGGUGCCGCAUGCCGUAUGGUACGUCGUGUUUGUCGUUUCGAAGUCGCUCCGGUUGUCAUCACUCAACAUGUCACACACGUCGACUAUAACCAAACGAUCGAUACGGCGAGGCAUGGGGGAAGCAGAGGGCCAUUCGCUGGAAUGGUUUGUCCUCGCCCUCAGGAAAUCCGUUCCGUUUAUUCUCGAAUAUUCCAUGAGCAUAUCAGAACGGGGGGGAGUCGGUUACCCUUCCGGCACUUUCAACGCACGGCCAUGCGAAGUCUGGCGGGCGAAGCACAGGCGCUAUGGGAGAAACUCACUUUUGCGCCUGAAGGAAGUCGUUUAGAUGAGCCACCAAUGAGGACGGAACGUGGGGAUAAAGUGCCGAGGCGCGUGCCCAUUGGGUGGAAAUGUCCGAUGUUUUUUGUUUCGCUUCUACCGCGUGCUGCCGCGGGAAACAACGGCAUAACAUUCAAAUUGUGGCUUCCUGAAGCGUUGGUUCACGAUUUUCUCACAGCACACAUUGUGGAGGUUGAGAGGGUACGGGAGCUCCCUCACACCUGUCGAUUUAGAUGUCUAUCAACCGAUACAAUGCUCGAGGUGGAGGAUGCAAUUGCGAGUGUCAAUGCCCUUUUGCCGCGGUGGGAAGGAGAGUUGAAGUGUCCCCGUUGCUAUGGACGCCGCAAUCACUGGGGAUUCAUCUGUAAUCGCCAUCGCCGCCAAUUGGACCCAAUCAUCACUUUAUUGCGCGUGCGCCAGUCCAGUGUGAGACGGCGGGUUCAGCGUCGCGCGGAGCUCAGUGGCCACGUUGUGGAUGGUGCGAUGAAAAAUGAAGUGGUGUGGAUGAACAAACGAAAGACACGGGCACAAGUUAUGGCCCUCAUGUUGGCCAACAGAAUGCCCACAACAGUUUGUGGGCCGUUUCGUCAGCGGCACCUUCCGGCGCCGCCGUCUUUCAAAGAGGGAUGUGCACGCUAA